CAGCAAAGCCGGGCCCCAAAAUCAGGGCAGGGAAAAAAAGCCCACAUAUUAACAACCUUACAAACAAAGUUCUAACCGCUUUACAUAAUUCAUAGAUAAUACUAUGCAUCAUGUGUGCCCCUAACCUCAUAUUCCAAGUUAAUUCUUCGAAGGUAACGUGUCUUCCCUCGAGCUAAAAACAGUAUUCAAAACUCUUUUCUUAAAAAAACAAAACAACAACAACCGAACUCUCCCCAUAUCACACGAAAAUAAAUUAAUUUAAAUGCUAAUGCUAGUUUCUCUCCUAUUUUCAAACAAUUCACUAGUUACAUCCCUUGUCCCACAAACAAUUUACCAGGUACUUCCCUUCAUUCAAAACAAUUCAUCAGUUAUUUCCCCUUUCGUCCACAGACAAUGCAUCAACUGUUCCCCUUGUGCCUGCUGGUAGCGGCGGCUGUUGCCUCCCCUGCCACCUACCAAAUGUUGGAAACCAGUCAUGACAAAAUAAUCCGCUACAUUAACAAUGUUGCCAACACUACCUGGAAGGCGGGCCGCAACUUUCACCCCAGCGAGAUGGAGCGGAUCAAUUCUUUGUUCGGACUCGAUUUGGAGAUGACCAGAGCCUUUAACAAAAAAUAUUUGAAGUACAAAGAGGUGGUCGUGAGGGACGACCUGCCCGAUCAUUUUGACCCCACGAAAAAAUGGCCCAAAUGCAAGAGCCUGACUGAGGUCAGAGAUCAGUCAAACUGUGGAUCAUGUUGGGCUUUUGGCUCUGUGGAGGCGAUGACAGAUAGAAUCUGCAUCAAAGGGGGCGGUGAGGUGCACAUUUCUGCUCAAGACUUGACCAGCUGCUGCUCAUUCUGUGGCAACGGGUGCCAGGGAGGCUCGCACUCCGCUGCCUGGUACUGGUACACGACUGGAGGAGUGGUCACUGGUGGUCAGUACGGCAGCAAUCAGGGAUGCAUGCCGUAUGCCCUCCCCAAAUGUGACCAUUACGUGACCGGGAAGUAUAAGAAAUGUCCAAAAGUUGGAGAUACACCCAGGUGCAACGAUACCUGUGUGGCUGGGUACCCCAAGACAUACGUCCAAGACAAACACUACGGUAAUUCCACCUACGGCAUCAAAGGUGUCCAGCAGAUCGCCCAAGAGCUCGUAGAUCACGGACCAGUCACAGCUGGCAUUAACCUCUACGCAGAUUUCUUGACUUAUAAGUCGGGCAUCUAUCAACACAAGACGGGGAGUCUUUUGGGUGCACAUGCUAUCAAAAUCAUCGGCUAUGGUGUGGAGAACGGAGUGGAGUACUGGCAAGCCACCAACUCUUGGAACGAGGAUUGGGGAGACAAAGGAUUCUUCAAGAUUCUCAAAGGCAAAGACGAAAGUGGAGUUGAGGAGCUUGUAAUCGCUGGAUUGCCCAGGCUGUGAAGGAAGCCAUAAUAAUAUACCCCCUACCACAUGUUUUGAUACUUCUUUAUCUUUAAGUGCCUGAAAUCGAUAACCGUGUGCACUUAAAUAAACAUGUUUUUUUAACCAUUACUUAAAUGUACUUAUUUUUAAUGACAAAAUGUGUGUUGAAAAUAAGGUACAAACCUAGUUAUUUAACUUUUCAACAAAAGUUUCCAUAAUUCAUUAAAUUUUCGACACAAACAGAAAUAUUUUAAAAAGACAACUAGGGGGGGGGGGGGGGGGGGUG